AUGUGGCUCCCCCUGCUGGGGCUGCUGCUGCUCGGGGCGCCGGGGCAGGGGGCGGGGCACGGGGAGGACGAGAGGCGGCCCACCCCCUGCGAAGUGUGCAAGUACCUGAGCCUGGAGCUGCAAGAGACCCUGGCGCAGAGCGGCCGCUCCAAGGAGGUGCUGGAGCUGGGGCAGGUGCUGGACUCGGGCAAGCGGAAGAGACGCAUCCAAUACAACACCUCGGAAACCCGACUGGCCGAGGCCCUAGAAACUGUGUGUGAGCGAUUCCUGCAUUACAGCGUCCACGCCGAGCGCCCGGGCAGCCUGCGGUAUGCCAAGGGUCAGAGCCAGACCAUGAACACCCUGAAGAACCUGGUGAACAAGGGGGUGAAGGUGGAUCUGGGGAUCCCCCUGGAGCUCUGGGACGAGCCGUCGGUGGAGGUGACGCAGCUGAAGCAGCAGUGCGAGACGAUGCUGGAGCAAUUCGAGGCCGUGCUGGAGGACUGGUACUUCCACCACCAGGAGACGGCGCUGGCAGCCUUCCUGUGCGAAGGGCACGUGCUGGCGCCUGGAGAGAAAGGGUGUCUGAGCGAGGUCUGGACAGGAGGAAGGGUGACGAGGGAACCCAGGAAGAGGAGGAGGAGAGGAGGAAGAGACGAUGAAACAACCCAGCCCCCACAUCAGGCAUGCAGCUCAUGACCCCGGGGAGCUCUGAGCAGGAGGGGCUUGGUACAUUGAGGGGAGGGACUUUGACACCCCUGGAUGCCUUCUCCACCCUCCCCCCAGGGGCUGGGGGUCCCUGCUGGGGAUGGGAGGGGGGUGGAUCUUCCUUUUUCGUGCCUUAUGCACAGCGGCCUGGGGUGGGUGCGUGGAAUCACCCCCCCCCCCCCCCCCCCCCCCC